AUGGCUGAUACUCCGGAUCAUCAUCACUGCUAUCAUUCGACCACAUCUGUUACUGAUUGUAUACUAGGGCUAAAGAAGAACAUCAACGAUGACGAGCUACCGGGGCUUGGACGUUUGAUUGACGACUGGUUUGACCCGCACGUUCCGGUGGAUGAAGAGCAAUUCGUUCAAAGGUUUCUUCAUGUGUUCAAACGAUCCAACAAGGAUUUCACCUACGAGAAAAUCAUCGGUGACUACGAUGACGAAGUCCAGGGCAUAUUCAACGAUUUUGUCGAUGGCAAGAUCAACGCCCAGGAGGCAGCACAAAAGUACCGGCCCUACGAGACCGAGAAACUCCCCAAGAGACGAGGUGAUCUACGUAAAGGAGGUCUCGAAAGCCUCGUUCCUACCGACUUGAGCGAGCCGAUAUCUCUUUUGGCGGCCUUGCCUUCCAGCAUCCCUUCACGCGUUCGAUCCUUUUUCGCCAAACUGGUUCCCGGUAGCAAAAGGCCUAGGCGGGCGCUCUACGUUCCAUCAUUCAUAGACCUCGGGUUUCAGAACUGGGGAAGGACAGUGAGCAAUACGCCGGCCAUCACGUGUGUCCCCAACACAGCUCGGGAUGUGUGCGAUAUUGUCAAGUACGCGAAGAAGCACAAGAUGGGGGUGCGGGUCUCCGGAUUUCGUCACUCGUGGUCUCCUGUUUUUGGACGGUCUCACAACAAGAAGGACGGGAAUAACGGCGACAUCCUGAUAUCGUCGUUAGGGCUCGUCGAUGCCUCAGUCUUGCCCAACUUCACCUCUCUUCCAGGCGACAUUCUCGAGCCUGGGGCUAAAGACCUCAACUCCAUCAUCAUCGUCGACAACAAGUACGUCAAUGGCCCAAAGCUCGCAGGUGGGAAGAAGUACGUUAGAGUGGGGACUUCGACCACGAACGAGCAACUGAGACGAUGGUGCAUCGACACUGGCAAACUUACACUUCCCAUGAAUAUCAUCGAGGUUGAAAUCACCAUGGGCGGGGCUAAUGCAACCAUAUGCCACGGAGCAGGAAUCAACAAUCCCACCAUGUCCGAUCUCGUCCGUGUCAUCGAGUACGUCAACGCUAACGGCAAACUCUGCAAGAUCGACAUGUCCACACCCGGCAUUCUCAGAGCGGCGGCUGGCUGUUUCGGGCUCAUCGGAGUAGUUACGCAUCUCGUCCUCGAAUUUGAUCCUAUGACUUGCGCCCUCAUGGAACCACGAAAGUUCCCCGUCAUCGAAGCCAUUCCUCCGCCUCCGGAUAUGCCAGAGUCAGCGAUUCCCGGACCAUUACGUCCGAAGCAACCACUCACUCCCGAACGCCGAGCUCAAAUCCAACGGGACUUCGAAACCCGUGCCCUGACAACCGACUACGCCGAAUGGUUCUGGUUUCCGUACUCGAGUGAAGCAUGGGUGAACUCGUGGCGCAAGACCUCAGACCUCUCAGGCGCGGUAAGCUACCCGAGCGAUGCCAAAACGAUCCUGCAAGUCUUUGGCACAAUCAUGGUCAACAUCGCCCAGCAAGCAACAGCACUGUUGAAAGCGACCGAAUUCCUGCCGGAGGUGCAGACGAAAGUGCUGACGUGGCUGGCCAUGAAGAAUCUCGACGACAUAGGCGAACACGGCGAGAAGAUCAAAACCUGGGUUCCCGACGCCUUACAUUUCCAACGCGGCGUGCAGAACGUUCGCGUGCGAGACCUCGAGGUCGAGUUUGCACUCCAACCCAAAGCGUCUACUACCACUAUCACCAGCAGUAUUGGUACAGGUACAGGUAUUGCGAACGGCGUCCUCCCCGAUGGGCACGCGAACGGUCAUCUCAAUGAUGGCCCGACCACACCUCUCAAGGUGAAAGGAAAGGAGAUCGACUUCACCACCGUCCAGCGCGCCUGGUGGGACGCCAUCAUAACUUGCUACCAGUCGAUCGAGACAUGUCCGCAGCGCAUGCCGCUCGAGAUGCGGAUCAUGUCCUCGUCCCAAGUCACCUUGGCACCACAACGGGGCCACGAGCUGGGCACGUGCUCGAUCGAGAUCCUCACGCUGCACGCCGUGGCCGACAUAUGGCACCCGUACGCGCAGAAGGUGCUGGACAAAUGGUCCGGCUACAAGGAUGCGCAAGGAAACUUGAUCCCCGUCCGUCCGCACUGGGCCAAGGAAUGGUACGGCUAUAGCAUGCACGGCAGACAGUGGGAGGAGGUGCUCAAGGCCGAAACCAGCCAGAACGGCGGAUUCAAGGCCGAGAUCGAAGAGUGGAGGGGUCUGAUGGCCAAGUUGGCCGCCAGGGAUGGUUGGACCGUCUAUGAUGCCAGGCUCAGGUUCGGAAAUGAAGUGCUCAAUUCGCUCUUCUGGCAGAAGGGUGGGGACGUGGUGGAUGUCGACGUCGACGGCUUGAAGAAGAAGAGCAGCUUGGUAAAGAGGAUCUGGAAAAGUUGUUUCGAAUAA